AUGGCCAACAUGGCUCCAUUGACCUAUGGCUCAUACCAUUGUCAGGAAGUGCAGAUUGUCCCAUUCAAGACCUCAAUGACGCCGUUGAGCAUAUUUUUACUUCAUGGAAAUCUGGAGAUUUAUGUGAAGGGAGCCAAGAAUCUCCCCAACAUGGAUCUAGUCAACAAUAGCAUAGGUGACAUGAUAGGCACUUUUUGUGGAAAAAUCCAAACAAGUGACCCUUAUGUCACAGUUGCCAUAUCUGGUGCUGUAAUCUGCAGGACUUUUGUGAUAAGAGAUGACGAAAAUCCUGUCUGGGACCAGCAUUUCAAUGUCCCAGUAGCACAUUACGGCACAGAGGUGCAGUUCCUCGUGAAAGACAACGAUUUUGUGGGAUCUGAGGUCAUAGGGGCUGUUGGGAUCCCUAUACAACAACUAAUCACUGGGGCACGAAUGACUGGAGCUUACCCCAUCAUUGGUGUGAAUGGGAAGCCGUGUAACCGGGGUGCUUCCUUGAGCCUAUGGAUUCAGUAUAUACCAAUGGAGUACAUGUCAAUUCAGCAUGAAGGCGUGACAGGUACCUAUUUUCCUCUUAGAACAGGAGGAACUGUCACACUCUAUCAAGAUGCUCAUGUCCAUAAAGGUUCACUUCCUAAUGUGGUGUUGAGUGAUGGAACAGUCUAUAGAAAUGGUAACUGUUGGCGCGACAUAUAUGACGCGAUAUCUCAAGCCCGUUGGCUAGUUUACAUCACAGGAUGGUCUAUUUACCAUAUGGUUCACCUUGUUAGAGACGAUCCUCUUGUGACCAACAGUAGCUUGGGUGAGCUUCUGAAGGCCAAGUCUCAAGAAGGAGUGAGAAUACUUCUCCUAGUUUGGGAUGAUCCAACUUCCACAACCAUAUUUGGAUAUAAAACAGAAGGGGUUAUGAACACCGGGGAUGAUGAAACGAGACGCUAUUUCAAGAAUUCGUGCGUUAAAGUACUGUUGUGUCCCAGAAGUGCUGGGAAAGGCAGCUGGGCUAAAAAGCAGGAAACAGGAACAAUCUACACUCAUCACCAGAAGAGUGUGAUCGUAGACGUAGUCGCGGGUAACAACAGAAGAAAAAUCAUGGCAUUUGUUGGAGGACUUGACCUAUGCAAGGGAAGAUAUGACACUCCACAACACCCAAUCUUCAGCACAUUACUAACUGUUCACAAAGAUGACUAUCACAAUCCCAAUUUUGUGGGGCCUACUGUGGGAUGUCCUAGAGAGGCAUGGCAUGAUUUGCACUGCAGGUUUGACGGUCAAGCAGCGUGCGACGUCUUGAGAAACUUUGAGGAACGAUGGCUAAAGGCCUCAAAGCGCCACAGCCAGAUCAAGCUGGCACACGAUGAUUCCUUACUCAAGCUUAAACGAAUCCCCGAUAUAUUGGGACUAGAAGAGUCGGCUAAAGUGACAGAAGGUGAUCCGAAGGCAUGGAAUGUCCAGGUAUUCCGUUCCAUCGACUCCAAUUCCGUUAGGGGCUUCCCCAAGGAUCCAAUAAAGGCUACAGAAAAGAACCUUAUGUGUGGGAAGAAUGUGUUUAUAGACAUGAGUAUACACACAGCUUAUGUAAAGGCAAUCCGCGCGGCUCAGCACUUCAUUUACAUCGAGAGCCAGUACUUCCUCGGGUCAUCGUACAGUUGGUCUACUUGCCAGAACUUGGGUGCAAACAACCUAAUUCCUAUGGAAAUAGCUCUCAAGAUUGCCAAGAAGAUCCGAGCAAGGGAGCGUUUCGCAGCAUACAUUAUCGUCCCAAUGUGGCCUGAAGGAGUCCCCUCCAGCACUGCAACUCAAAGAAUUCUCUUUUGGCAGUAUAAUACAAUGCAAAUGAUGUAUGAAACAAUCUACAAUGCUUUAGUAGAAGCAAGGCUGGAUAGAGAGCAGACGCCCGAGGAUUAUUUGAAUUUCUUCUGCCUUGGCAGUCGGGAGCCGGAUUACAAGAGGUGUCCGUCAUCAAAUAGCAGGAACUCCACAGGAAAUUCUCCACAAGCCCUGGCUCGAAGAAACCGCCGCUUCAUGAUCUAUGUCCACUCCAAGGGAAUGAUAGUGGAUGACGAAUACGUGAUACUGGGUUCUGCCAACAUCAACCAACGCUCGUUGGGAGGGACCAGAGACACUGAAAUCGCCAUUGGCGCGUAUCAGCCUCGUCAUAGAUGGGCUAGCCAACAAGCUCACCCGAAAGCACAGAUAUAUGGAUAUAGGAUGUCACUGUGGGCGGAGCACACGGGUACUUUGGAGGCGUGCUUUGAGAAUCCAGAGAGUUUGGAAUGCGUGAGACGAAUAAGAUGGAUGGGGCAACUGAACUGGCAACAGUUUGAGUCUGAAGAAAUGAGUCCAUUGAGAGGACACUUGCUUAAGUAUCCUGUGCAAGUGGAUGCAACAGGGAAGGUCGGUCCUCUCCCCGGUUGUGAGACCUUCCCGGACAUAGGUGGUAAGAUCAUCGGCACAUUCGCAGGGAUUCAAGAAAAUCUCACUAUUUGA